AUGACGCCCGCUCUGCUCACCGCAGUUGACAGCACUUCCCACAUCCACCUGAUAAUCGGCUCCAACCCCCUCGCCGGUGCCCGCUGCACCCGCUCUCUCGAGGUCGGCGCAACGCCCAUAAUCAUUGCUCCCGAAGCCGACAGCAUACACUAUGGCCUGCAGAAGCGUAUAGACGAGGGCAGAGUCUCACGGAUCGAGCGUACCUUCCAGGACACCGAUCUGACGACAUUGGGAAGGCCGGAUGUUGACCGCGUGGUUGACGCUGUCUUCGUCACACUGUCCGGUCGUCAGCCGCUCGCAGCACACAUUUCGACGCUGUGUAGGCGGCUCAGGAUCCCCGUCAAUGUCGCCGACGCGCCCGCCCUCUGCACCUUUACCCUCCUAUCUACCCACUCCGACGGCCCACUCCAGAUCGGCGUCACAACCUCCGGUAAGGGAUGUAAACUCUCCGCCCGUAUCCGGCGCGAGAUCGCAUCCUCCCUACCACCGCGUCUAGGUGACGCCGUUAAUCGCCUCGGUACAAUGAGGAGGCGCAUCUGGGAGGAGGAUCAUAAGGCACAACUCGAGCUUGAGGGCGAGCCCGAUCUGGAGGCCGAGGAGGACGACGCGGGACAGAAUGCAGCGUUUAAUAAGCUCGUGACACCCGAGGACGCCGAGGCCGCGCGGACAAGACGCCUGAGGUGGCUGGCACAGAUCUGCGAGUACUGGCCGCUGAGGCGAUUGGCGAACAUCACAGACGAGGACGUUGAGGCCGUGCUGCGCUCGUACAGCAGCAGCAGCAACAACUCGGGCCUCGACCCUGCGGUAGUGGAUACCAGGUCAAGGCGAAGCCAGGGCAGGAUCAUACUCGCGGGUUCCGGACCAGGCCACCCAGACCUUCUCACACGCGCAACUCACAAAGCCAUUCUUUCUGCCGAUCUCAUUCUUGCAGACAAGCUCGUUCCUGCCGCUGUUCUCGAACUUGUCCCCCGCCGCACGACUGUCCAUAUCGCGCGCAAGUUCCCCGGCAACGCCGAUACGGCGCAGGAAGAGCUGCUCCAGCUUGGUCUCGAGGGCCUUCGUGCUGGCAAAGUUGUCUUGAGGCUCAAACAGGGUGAUCCCUACAUCUACGGCCGCGGCGCGGAAGAGUUCGAUUUCUUUAGAAGCAAGGGGUUUGUGCCGACUGUGUUGCCCGGCAUCACCUCCGCACUGUCCGCCCCGCUCUUCGCAGCUAUUCCCGCUACCCAUCGUGCCGUUGCGGACCAGGUCCUGAUCUGUACGGGCACGGGGCGAAAAGGCGCUGCACCGGAUCCGCCGACUUAUGUGGAGAGCAGGACGGUAGUGUUCCUGAUGGCGUUGCAUCGACUCGGCGCUCUGGUGGACAGCCUGGUCUGCGAAGACAAGAAGUGGCCCAAGGAAACGCCUUGUGCGGUUUUGGAGCGCGCGAGCUGCCCGGAUCAGAGGGUUAUCAGAACGACGUUAGAGUACGUGUGUGCGGCGGUUGAGGAGGAAGGGAGUCGGCCGCCGGGGUUGUUGGUUGUGGGGAAGGCGUGUGAGGUGUUGUUUAGGAGUGGCGGGCAGAAGUGGGUCGUUGAGGAGGGAUUUAAGGGAUUGGAGGAUCUGGGGGAGGGGGAUGUUGGGGUACUGAAGGAGUUGGAGGCUAGUAGCCUACAGAUUGCGGCGUGA